AUGAAUAAUUAUUAUGAUAAUUUUACUAAUGAAAAUUUUGAAAAAAGCUUCAAAGAACCAGAUUCUUCAGAAAUACUAGAAUAUGAUAAUGAUAGUGAAGAUUCAUUAUUUGAAAAUGAGUAUAUGGAUUGCAAAGUUUUGAGUGAAGAAGAAAAUCAACAAUUAUCUUGUAUUAUUAUUAAUAAUUUAAAAGAAGAAAUUCAAUACUAUAAUUUAACAAAUAAUUUAAGAUCAGUAUUUACAUUAGUUGAAACUUGGAAAAUAGAAAUAAUGCAGAAAAAAAAUUUCAAUAUAACUACUCUAAGCAUUUGUUCUAAUCAUUUUAAUUUUGAUUAA